UCCAGUAACGGCUGGUUUUCUCAGUUCUCUCACUGUGUCUUCUUUUCGCCACCUUGCACGUACCCCAAGAACCCAAAAACCGCCUCACCCAGCAAACCUCACACACCCUUUACUCCCUUUUGUCCAUUUCUUCAUGCUGAUUCAAGGUGCUAACUCUUAAAAAGAAUCAAAACUUUUUUCUCUUCAAAAUUUGCAGUUACGAUUUCUGGGUUCCACUCCAAAUGGCGACACGUGGUCUCAGACCCAUAAUUUCCUUUUCAGCUCGAACCCCAUUUAAUUUCUUGUUCAUAUCUGAGUUACAAACCCAUAAACUCUUUUGCCCAGAAAAAGCCUGCCUUUUGAUUUCAAAGCAAAUACAUUUCAGAGGUACUUUGUGUGUUUGGUCUGUUUUUUGAGGAAAAUGGCUGCUGGGAAUUCAAAGAAUUUGAUGCCCACUGAGGUUAAGGAGGAAGAGAUGGAGUCUGAUACUGAAUCCGUGGGAUCCACCGAUUCUCAACUACCUCCAUUGCGUCUGUAUAGUAUAAAUGUGGGCCAAUGGGAUGAUCCAAAAGUGGCUAAUCGACAAUGUGGCCAAUGUGGUAAAGUUGGGAAUUUGACUUGUUUCUCAGCUAGUUUCCGCAAAUGGGCACUUAGGAGAGCUACAAAAGAAGAGCUCAAGCAACACUGCAGCCGCUGUGAUGAAUUUGGACAUAACUGUUUGAGUUGUUCCAUGCCCAUGACUGAUGAAUGGGAACGGUUUCCUAAACCUCGACCAACUAAAGCUGCUCCAGCUGGCCCCAUCAAAUCUCCAAGGAAAACAAGGAAACCACCACACUGCAGUGAAUGUGGUGCAGCAGGACAUAAUCGACGGAGUUGUAUAGUCCGUCGCAUAAUCAUGAAAUGAGUUGUUUAUGUUUUUCCUUAUGCUGAACUUGUAAACAUCUGUACCUUGCUUAUGUUUGUUCUGGUUUUCAGUUCAACUUGAUUUUGACCAUUCGAGACAUUUCAAUGGCUUUUGG